AAACUAAGAAAUAAAUUGAAUGUGUAAUGAAGUUAAAAAAAUGAGAAAAUCGAAAAUUUCGUAACUGAUAAAGAUAAAGAGUCAGUUUAUGUCAGAUUCUUCGAAUAAUCAUCGGUGGAAUUUUCAUAAAUAUGCAGUUGACCGUAUAAAAUAAAUUUCUUGAAUUUAACAUUUUUCAAGGUUAAGCAAAGAUAACAAAUGGUAAGAAGUAAUUCCUAUUCUAUAUAUGCUGUGAAUAAAUAUUUUGUUUAGUACAAUAUCACAUGAUAGCAUAUUGAUAAAUAUAGUCAUUGUGGAUGACAAUACAUUCCAGUGGAAGGGAUUCGAAAACUGGAGUAGAAGGAAAUUUGUUUGAUGCUGUGAGGCAACUAGCAGAGAGUGAAAUUCAACUUAUCAAAGCUAUUGAGGAAUCUACCAUGGAUUGUCAAAGAAAUACUACAGAUAUGAAAUCUACAACAAAAAAAAAGAAUAUCAAGAAAUCACCUAAACUCUCAAAUGUUCGACCAUCUGCUGCUUUAUUGGCAGCAAAACAAGAGGCAGUACAGCGUAAAAUAUUACAUAAUAAAAAGUCUAACACAAACUUUGUGCAUGACAUCUAUCAAAAGAUUAGAGAUGCAUAUAGUGUUAUGCAUAAGGAAACUGGUAUUGUUUAUGAUCAUUCUAUGGAGGAUCAUAGAUGUUUGUGGGAUGAUAAUUAUCCUGAAUGUCCAGAUAGACUAACAAGAAUCUUAGAAAGAUGUAAAGAAUUAGGAUUAUUAAAUAGAUGUAAAUUAAUUUCAACCAGAUUUUGUACAGAAAAUGAGAUACUUAAAAUGCACAGCCAAAAACAAAUAGAUAUAUUAAAAUCAACCAGUGGAUGUAUGGAUCCGGAUAAAUUGGAAACAUUGUCUUCCAAAUAUGAUGCUAUAUAUGUACAUCCAUCCACUUAUAAACUAUCUUUAUUGGCUGUGGGUUCAACAAUAAGUUUGGUAGAAAGUAUUUGUAAAGGAGAUAUACAAAAUGGCAUGGCUAUUAUUAGACCACCUGGCCAUCAUGCAAUGAAAUCUGAAUAUUGUGGAUAUUGCUUUUAUAAUAAUGUGGCUAUUGCAGCAGAAAAAGCUCUAAAUGAUAAUUUAGCAAAUAAAAUUCUUAUUGUUGAUUGGGAUGUACAUCAUGGACAAGCUACUCAACAAAUGUUUUAUGAUGAUUCACGUGUAGUUUAUUUUUCAAUACAUCGUUAUGAAAAUGGAACAUUCUGGCCUAAUUUAGAAGAAUCUGAUUUUCAUUACAUUGGUAAAGGUUUGGGAGAAGGUUAUAAUUUUAAUAUACCACUUAACAAAACUGGUAUGACAAAUGCUGAUUAUAUUGCAAUAUUUCAACAAGUUUUGUUACCAAUGGCUUAUGAGUUUCAACCAGAUCUCAUAAUAGUCUCAGCUGGUUAUGAUGCAGCACUGGGAUGCCCAGAGGGUGAAAUGGAAGUAACACCUGCAUGUUAUGCUCAUCUAUUAUCAUCUCUAUUGAGUCUGGCAGCUGGGAAGGUAGCUGUAGUGCUGGAGGGCGGUUAUUGCUUAAAAUCAUUGGCUGAAAGUGCUGCAUUAACUCUGCGAACAUUAUUAGGUGAUCCAUGUCCUAUGUUGCAAACAUUGCAACUACCAUCAUUAAGUAUACGUGACACGAUUUUAAAUUCUAUCUAUGCUCACAAACAAUUUUGGAAGUGUUAUCAGUAUCAAGAACAAUAUAGUAUUAAUAAUAGAAUUGACAGAAAAGAAGAAAAUAAUGAUCAAUAUUUACCGGUUGUUAAUUACGAGGGAGAAGUGUAUAAACCAGAUAUUUAUAAAACAAGAAAUUGUUAUCCUGUACAGAGUAAAGAGAUUCUUGAAGCAUUAGAUAAAAAAUUAGAUUCAUUGAUAAAAUUUACAAAUUUAUCCAAAGCACUUAACAAAGUAUGUAUUGUAUAUGACAACAGGAUGUUGAAACAUUGCGAUACUAUUAAUAACACACAUCCUGAAAAGCCAAAUCGAAUUUUAAGCAUUUAUAAAAAACAUGAAGAGCAUGGUUUACUAGAACGAUGCUAUUUACAACAAGGAAGAGUGGCAACAGAGGAAGAAAUAUUAUUAGCUCAUUCACAGGACUACAUUCAUGCAAUAAAAAAGACAGAAACAUUUAAAUCCAAAGAAUUGGAAAGACAAGCAUUAAAAUAUAAUUCUGUUUAUUUGCAUAAUGAAACAUGGUUUUCUGCUUGUGUAUCUGUUGGUUCAUUACUUGAAAUUGUAGACAAUGUAUUAAAUGGACAAGCACAAUCUGGAGUUGCAAUAAUAAGACCUCCAGGACAUCAUGCAGAACCAGAUCAAGCAUGUGGUUUUUGUAUUUUUAAUAAUGUUGCAAUAGCAGCAAAAUAUGCUGUAAAUAUUCAUAAUGUAAAGAGGGUAUUAAUAGUAGAUUGGGAUGUACAUCAUGGAAAUGGAACUCAAUCUAUUUUUGAAAGUGACCCAAAUGUACUUUAUAUAUCCAUUCAUCGUUAUGACAAUGGAAAUUUUUUUCCACAUUCUAAAUAUGGCAAUUAUACUUCUGUUGGCUCAGGGUUAGGAGAAGGUUAUUGUGUAAAUAUACCAUGGAAUAAAAAAGGAAUGGGAAAUGCAGAAUAUAUAGCUGCAUUUCAACAAGUUGUUAUGCCAAUUGCUUAUCAAUUCAAUCCAGAUUUAGUUUUAGUCUCUGCAGGUUUUGAUGCUUGUAUUGGAGAUCCAUUAGGAGGAUGUACGGUAACUCCAGAAAUGUAUGGACAUUUAACACAUUGGUUAUCUUCCAUGGCAAAUGGACGUAUUAUUCUUAGUCUGGAGGGAGGUUAUAAUAUAAAUUCGAUUUCUCAUUCAAUGGCAAUAUGUACAAAAGCAUUACUUGGUGACCCAUUACCCUUGUUAGAUGCUUCAUUAGUACCAUGUUCAAGCGCAAUACAUUCUAUAAAUAAUGUAUUAAAAACACAAAAGAAAUAUUGGCCCAAUUUAAUGUUCAAUUUAUCAUUGCCAAAAGAAAAUCUCACAAAAAUUGCUACUUAUAAAAAAAUGGAUGAGCAAGUUCGAAAUUCUAAAUUUAAUGAACAUUCAGAAUCGAAAAUUGCUCUAGAGGGUAUUGAAAAUGAAAAAUUGGAUAUCAAACUUUCCUUUGAUAAAAAUAGUAUGAAUUUAGUAACAGAUGAAGAGAUAUUGAAACUUCAAAAUGAGAUUGAAAAUAUAAAAAUUAAGAAUUCAAAAACUAUGAAGGAAGUGACAACUACAGAAAUAGCUAGGACAUGUGUAAAUAAGGAUCAACAAAAAGAAAGACAGAGAAGAGAGACUGCAGGAAGUUCUAAUAAUGCAGGAAGUAGUAAUGAUCUUGGAGAGAAUAGAGGAAUUUAUGAUGGAGCAACAAGUUUAACUGAUUAUCUCUCUGAUAACCUCCAGGCAUUAAUAGCUGGCGAGAUGUUUGCUGUUAUACCAUUGCGCGAUUGUCCACAUCUAGAUACUGUUAAUGAUGUACCUUCUCGUGGUAUCGAUGUACAUUUACCAUGUAUGGAAUGUGGUAGCAGUGUUGAAAAUUGGAUUUGCCUACAAUGUUAUACUGUACAUUGUGCAAGAAAUAUCAAUCAACAUGCAUUAUUACAUGCUGAUGAAACUCAGCAUCCUCUGACUCUAAGUUUUAGUGAUUUAUCAGUCUGGUGUUAUGGAUGUGAAGCUUAUAUCGACAAUCCGAGAUUAUAUGCAGCUCGAAAUGCAGCACAUCAAAGUAAAUUUAAUCAAGAAUCACCAUGGACUUAUGAGGAACAAUGAAUUAGUGCCAUAUUUUGCUUAUAAUUACAUGUAGCAGAUAUUGAUAAAAUUAGAAAUUUAUUGGAAUGUUAUUAUUUAGUAUUUUUACAUAUUAUUUUUACUAAAUUCUAAAUAGUCUUUCUUUAUUAAAUCUUUAACAAAAAUUACUAUUCUUUUACAUCUAUAUAUUAGGAUUAGGAAUAGAAAUACAAAUAUAUAUGAAGUAUGAAAUAUAAUAUGUUCGCAAUAUGAUACUAAUUUUAUCACUAUUACUAAUAACUAAUAUGCUCGAAUUGAACAUGUAUUAAAAUAUUCUUCUAUUAUAAUAUUAGAAAUCUAAUUAUGUUGAUUUAACACAUUGCCAAAACAUAAUGAAAUUUAUUAUGUAUAAAUAAUGUAGUUUAUUUUACUAAGGAAAUAGUGGGUAAUUUUAGAGAGAAGAUAUUUUCUUAAACAGCAAAUAUUUUCAUAAAGUCUCUAUAUAUGCCAGGCGACUACAAUAAUUAAUGAGUACAUAGGUAUAUACGUAAAAAUACAUUCGCUUAUAAAUAUAUAAUUUUUUUAUGAUAAAUACUUAUACUUGCAUUGCAAUAUUUACAAAAAUCUAGUCGACAUUCAUGUGUAACUAUACUUUAUAAACAUAAAUAAAAAGCAAUUAAAAUUAAAUUAAUUUUGUACUUUAAAUUUAGUUUGAUAAAAUGUACGGUACAUGUAGAAUACAAAAAAAUAAUUGUUCGAAGUAAUUAUUAAAUAUUUUGCGUCUUUGUUUUUGAAUAGAUUUUUGUUAUGAUAAAAUAUGGAACAAUUUAUUUAUUGCUUUUUUAUGUAAACACUGAAUUUUUAGUCUUUUUUACAAAUUGUGUCGAGUUUUCAAUCUUGAUUAAUGCUAAUCUAAAUUGUUGAAAAAACAUUGAUAUAUCAUCUAUAAGUUGUAUCAAUGAUCUUGGUCUAAAAAGACUGAUAUUCUGUAAAUUUAUAUGUUCAUUAAUAGUUUUUAAUGAUGGCAAUUUUUCAGUUGAAAUGUGUGGAUAAUAUGUCCAUAUAGUAUAAUAGUUAAAUAACAGAGAAUUAUUUUGGGAAUAUUCAGCAAAUUCUCCUACAGCACUAUAAGGCAAUGUGUAAUACAAUCUAUAUGAUAUUCUUUUAAAUUUGAAUUUUUCUUCACAUUCCUGAAGUUUUUGUGUGAUACUAUUAUACACUUCUGUCAUAUUUUUUGAACCUUGUUCAUAAAGAUAAAAGUCUUUGGUCAAGCGAUACUUAUGAUUGCCACUACUAACAUAUGUUUUUUGCGUAUUUUUUAAAUGUAAAAGUGCAGUUGGUAUGGGAUAUAUGUAUGAUGUAUAUAAAUGUAUGUGUGUAAGAUGAGGUUUAGCUUUCAAUUCAGCACUCAUACGUAAUGUUAAAGGGAAAACUCCACCUUGAUGUAUAAAACCAUAAAAUAAACAUAAUAUGAUGUUAAAAAAAUACCAAAUAAUUUGCAGCUUUGUGGGCUUAAAUAUUUUUUGUGGCAUAUAAUUAGUUGGAUUAUUUUGUUUAAUAUGUGAGAUAGUAUCAACUCCAGAUACAUGAUUUAAUUUUGGAGCAUAUAAGAAAACCAAUGGAAAUAUUACUGGUAUUAUAAAACGUGGUUCUUGAUGAGGAAAGAAAGAUAAUAAUGCUACAGGAACAAUAAAUGAUGUUAUCAUUAAACUAA